CCGAAGAAGCAGCGCAGGUUGUCCCGUUUCCCCUCCCCCUUCCCUUCUCUGGUUGACUUCCCGGGUCUCUUACACUCCACAGUCCCAGCCCCGCCAUGUCCCAGAAACAAGAAGAGAAAAACCCUGCGGAGGAGACCGGCGAGGAGAAGCAGGACACACAAGAGAAAGAAGGUAUUCUCCCUGAGAGAGCCGAGGAGGCAAAGCUAAAGGCCAAAUAUCCAAGCCUAGGACAAAAGCCUGGAGGCUCCGACUUCCUCAUGAAGAGACUCCAGAAAGGGCAAAAAUACUUUGACUCAGGAGACUACAACAUGGCCAAAGCCAAGAUGAAGAAUAAGCAGCUGCCAAGUGCAGGACCAGACAAGAACCUGGUGACUGGUGACCACAUCCCCACCCCACAGGAUCUGCCCCAGAGAAAGUCCUCACUCGUCACCAGCAAGCUUGCGGGGUAACCUGGGCCCCCUUCUGCUCCCCUUCCUCACCCACUGGACUUUUAUAUAUC